CGAUCAAAAUCAAGUUCUUGCAUGGAAUCUUGCGUAUUUAUGAAGGGUAUUAUAGUUUCGGUGCAACCGAAGUUGAACAAUUUUCGUAAUUUUUUUCAAUUUCAUCCGAUAUCAAUGCAAUUUUCAUCAUCCUACCACUGGCGUUUAUAAAAUUGCUAUUUGUUCUUGUUGUUAAAGGUAACUAAUAACAACAGUUCCAAAAACAUAUUCUAUAUUUACACACAUAUGUACACCCAAUCGGCACUCUAAGGAGAUCUAUAUGUACUAACAAACCACACGUGAAAAUCACAAGCGCUGCAUAUCAUGCUUACUAAAAAAUAAUUAAUACUGUAAAUACACAAACACGCCAAUAAGUAGAAGCACACACACAAGUAUUCGCUGUUCUAAAUAUAAAACUGUUGCACACAACCACACAACGCACCAUAAUACUUGUAAUUUCGCUACAUACAUACAAUACUCGUAUAACUAAACUUAAUAGCAUUAACCCAGUAGUUAAAUCAUAGACACCACCACAUGCACAUACACACGCACACAUUUGCAUUAUCAUGUCUUUUGUGUUGUUCGCCCCGCCCGAAAAAAAACAAAUGUUUUCAUAUGUUAUAAUACAAAUAAUUAAUUCUAAACUAAACUAUUCUUCUCCCUCUCCCUUCACGUCACGCUGCAGUGCAAAGUUGCUGCCGCCAUGGUAGCUGCCUCAACGCCAUUCAGCUACACUUCAGUGCAACAAUUCAACGGCAAUCGUUCGAUCAUGUGACGACAGCUCAGCAGCUGCAGCUCCUGUAGCGGUAGCAGCAGCUGCGGCCGCAAUGCCAUACAUCAUCAUCAUCUACACCCGCAUUCGCAUGCGCACCACCAAUUGCAACAGCAGCAACAACAACAGCUGCAACGCAGCUGCACGCGCUGUCAAAGCUUUCACCGGCAUCACCAUCGCCAGCGGCGACGCAGCUCAAUGCUGCGUCAGGAUUUCACCAGUUUGCCAGGGUCGUGCCACACUGGCGCUAAAGACUAUGGCGCCGACCAUUUGGAACUAAGCGGUGGCAAUGCUAACGGUGGUAACGGUAAUGGUAACGCCAGAAACAUACACAUCACCAAGGCGAUUGUGACGUUUUCGCCAUCUGUGGCGCCAGAUUCUUUGAAUGUGCCAUCUUCGUUGUCCGGUUCAAUGUUAACCAUCUCAUCGGUGCCGACAACACUAAUGUUGGGCGCGGGGACAGCGCCAGCGGACAGACAUUCGUUAAGUGCCGCCACUACACCGCUGGCAAAUACGACAAAUAUCAGUCCGGGCAAUGCAAAGCACUGCAGUUUUGCACUCACCCCGCUAAUACCACCGCCGCCACCGCCCAGGCAAUUAUCGUUCCUCACAACGACGCGCUUCCAUGCAAAUGCACAACGCGGCCCGACGGCGUCGGCAACAACGACAACCUCAAUGACGUCAACGGUUUCUGCCAAUACGCGACGCAUGCCGUCAACAACGGUCUCAGCGCCGGCACUCAUCGAAACGGCGGGUAAUUGGUCGGCGACGCCACUCACGCCACUCACGCCGCUCACACCGCUUACACCCGGUUUACACGCUCAGCAUAUACACGGGAAGCAUGCGACGCUGGAGGCGCGUCAGAGCGCGGUCAGUCAAUUCACUACUUUAGAAGACUUGGAUGCGAUUGUUGUGGACGAAACGCCAAGUGAUAUGAUGCGGAAGCUGGCAUGAGCAGCAAAUGAGAGGUGUGUGAAUGAGCGGUAAAUGUAAAAAGGUAAAUGAGAAUUAGAUAUAAAAAGAAUGGCAGAGAGAGAGGCACAAGGUACCACAAAUGCAAUCCUGUGCACCGUUCAUGCACACUUCUCACGCACUCAAUUACUAAGAUAAAUAUCAAUCGUCGCUCAAUUCAAGUGAAAUUCGAGUUUUUGACACUACUUUUGUAAAAAUAUUUGGACUUUACUUUCUUAUUAUAAUUAAGCUCUAUUUAUCUGUAUUCAUACUAUUUGUAAGUUGUACAAUAUAUUUUUAAUAUGGUUAGUUAAUUAAAUGCGUAUUAAAUGUUAUAAACAUACUAUAAAUAAGACAUUCACAAGCAUAUAGUAUAUGAUACACGUGUCAGACAUCAAUUACUGCGUCCCAUCAACUGCAAACAUUUCCAUUGCACAUGUACCUGUCACCCUACAAAACAAUACAAAACAAAAGUAAACAAAAACACAUCAUAAAUACGAGUAUAAUAUAAAAUUUAUUUCUAUCUAACUUUAUUCUUAACUAUAUUGCUUAGACAAUUUUACUUAAACAGGUAGAUAAUAGGAAUGUUAGAAAGUUUAUACGACGGAAACAAACCCAUAUUUACUAAAUUUCAAAACUCUCAAGAUCAACGACAACAGACAAUUAAAAACCCAUUUCGCAAUGGCAUAGAUUAUUUGAGGUUAUGUGAGGUUAAAACUGUAGCAAUUAUCUCCGUCAAGGCAUUGAAUUAUAAGAAUGAAGUUAUACCACCACGAACCCAGAGAAAAGUUGUUUAUUUAAGCAGUUUGAUAAAA